UUUUUCAUGGACGGGUUUCAAGGAGGUCAUUUCGGACCAGGACCAGGAGGCUUCCAUUCGGAUUCCUCGGGCUGUGUUAGUCUUCAUCACUACUGUCCUAUCUCCCCUAUUUUGUGUCCGAACGGAUUCGCCAAGGACACGCAUGGAUGUCAACUGUGUCACUGUGCCGAGUCAUCAACGGGUACAGAUCCGGCCCAGCAAACAAUACACCACCAUAUUCAGAAUGCAUGUAUUCCUAGCCAGGCGAGUUGCACACUGUCGUGUGACGUAUACGUCAAGGGCGGAAUUGGCUGUGAAUUUUGCAUGUGUGACCACGCCCAUCAGACCAACAGCCCUACAACCAUGGCGGCAACAACAACGACUGCACCAGCAUCAACUACCAUGAAACGUCCAACAACAGAGCUCCAAACUUCCACCGAAAAAGCAACGACUGCGUCCCACCACUGCGCACUAGCUAUCCAGAUCUGUACAGCUCAGUGUGGAGGGAAGUAUCUGGUGGACCCCCACGACUGUACAUACUGUGUGUGUAAGGCCCAGAUUGGCUAAGGUAACAUGGCCUUCAAAUGUGCGACUCUAAAGAGACAAGUUACCGGUAGAGACGUAC